AUGAAAUCCAUCACUUUUUCUUUGGUUCUUGCGAUCUUUGUUGCCUUUGUUUAUUCUACCCCUUUUCCACAAGCACCAGAAGCACCAGAAGGUGGUGGUGAACCCAAAAUUGUAAUUGCUGGUCCAGGUUCAGGUCCUUGGUCCCAAGGUUCUGAACAAGUCGCUAGUUGGUGGUCAACAGGAAUUGAAGAAGAUGAACCAGUAACUGUUUCUACCCUCGCAGAAGGAGAUCCUACGCCAAUCUUUAGCGCUGAUUCCACUGUUCUUGCUGGAAGUUUGCCAUUCUCAAUCGAUGAUAAAUAUUCUCCUGGAACUAAUUAUGUUGUUGAAGUCGCUCUCAAGUCUAACCCUGAGGUUAAAGGUACUGGUGAACCUUUCACGGUAACUCCUGCUUCUGGUGUCGAAGGUGAAAAGCAGGAUGAAUCUCGAGAAGGUGGCAACAAUCCGAAAAAUCCGUCCAUGAUAGUUGAAAUGAUCGCAAAUAAAUUAGAUCGUAAACGCGUCGCAGAAUUUCUUGACUGUUAUAUCGAAAACUCAAUGAGUGUUUUAUGUUCGCUUGGAGAUUAUUGGAGUGUGGCAUCAAAGGAAUCUCUGACUAGACGUGUAAUAUGGGGUGUAGAGAUCGAUGGAACUGUUAUUGAGGACGCUAAGGAUGAUAUGUUAAGAUUCCUUUCUCCUAGAUUCUCAAAAUGA